GUCUCUGUGGGAAGGUACUGAGUUGGUUCCCAUAAAUUUCGUGGGACGGAGGGAACGAUUGUUUGUUUGUGCGGGAAGGAAGGGAAGGGAAGGGAAUCGGAGAGAGGGAAGAGGAUGCAUUUGAGCGAGAACGAGGGAAUAGAAGGCAACACCUUCGUGGUCACCGGAGGUCUCGGCUUCGUAGGCUCUGCUCUCUGUUUCGAGCUCGCAAGAAGAGGAGCUCGUCAGGUUCGGGCCUUUGACCUCCGAACUACCUCUCCAUGGUCCCACCCUCUCCACACUCAUGGCGUAAACUGCAUACAAGGGGAUGUCAACAACAAAAAAAAUGUUGAAAGAGCUUUACGUGGUGCAGAUUGUGUUUUCCAUCUUGCUUCCUAUGGCAUGUCCGGGAAAGAAAUGCUCCAAUAUGGCCGUGUCGAUGAGGUGAACAUAAAUGGAACCUGCCAUGUCUUGGAUGCUUGCCUUGAGCAUGGGAUCAAGAGGCUUGUCUAUGUCAGCACAUACAAUGUUGUCUUUGGGGGAAAGGAGAUCAUCAAUGGCAAUGAAACCUUACCUUAUUUCCCUUUGGAUGACCAUGUUGAUCCAUAUGGCCGCAGCAAAUCUAUAGCUGAACAGCUUGUUCUAAAAAAUAAUGGCCGUCCUUUCAAAAAGAAGAAUGGGAAAUGUCUCUAUACCUGUGCAGUCCGUCCAGCAGCGAUCUAUGGACCUGGUGAAGAGAGGCACCUCCCUAGGAUCAUAUAUCUUGCGAAGUUAGGUCUGAUGCCAUUCAAAAUUGGUGAAGCAAAUGUGAGGAAUGACUGGGUUUACGUGGAUAACCUUGUUCUGGCCCUAAUAUUGGCUAGCAUGGGACUUUUGGAUGACAUUCCUGGGAACAAAGGACAUCCGAUUGCUGCUGGUCAACCAUACUUCAUCUCAGAUGGGUCUCCAGUCAACAGUUUUGAAUUCAUCCGCCCACUGCUCAGAAGCCUGGAAUAUGACCUGCCAAAGGCGUCCUUAGCUGUGCCUCAUGCUCUUUUUCUGGGUAGAAUUUUCUGGGCUGUUUACACCGUCUUAUAUCCAUGGUUGAGUCGAUGGUGGCUUCCUCAACCACUGAUCCUUCCUGCAGAAGUAUACAAGGUUGGUGUUACACAUUACUUCUCUUUCCUAAAAGCAAAGGAGGAGCUUGGCUACGUCCCAAUGGUGAGUCCUCGAGAGGGCAUGGCUUCAACUAUAUCAUACUGGCAGGAGAAGAAAAGGAGAAGUCUUGAUGGUCCUACAAUAUAUGCGUGGCUGUUUUGUGUAAUUGGAAUGACUUUACUAUUCGGUGCUGCAUACUUGCCAGAUUUCAGACCCAUGCCGCUGGUGAGAGCAAUCGCUCUUUUCUUCUUCCGGUCAGUGGGGGCAAUAAAGCUAGUCUUCUGUUUGGCUGUUGCAGCUCAUAUUGGGGAAGCCAUAUAUGCAUGGAACCUGGCAAAAAAGGUGGAUCUUGCAAAUUCAAGAGGCUGGUUUUGGCAGACUCUUAUUCUAGGCAUGUUUUCAUUGCGCUGUCUGUUGAAGAGAGCCAGGAAGUAAGUUGGAAAUCUUUUUGUGUGAUUUACUCUAUAGUGUAUGUACAACUGUAUCAUAGCAGUUCUCUUGCGGGGAAUAAAAUAGAAUUUGGAUAAAAGUAUUGUCCAAAAAUGUCAUGAGAAAGUAAUUGUAUUUUGUGAAGAAUCAGUUUAUGGCAUGGCCAUAUAAGAGGCUGAGAUAAUGUGAAAUCACCUGUUUUGGAAAGCAUUGUUAGAUUUCUCUGCUACAAA